AUGGGCUGCGGAUCGUCAAGUUUGAAGGGAUCCGACAUACCCAACCUCAACAGCCAGCCUACGACGGUGACAUCAGCACAGCAGAUCAAAAAGAUCGGGACCAACUUCUCCGACGUCGAUUAUGAUCAAAACGCCCGUCAGCGGCGCAUGACGGAGUAUGCGCCACACGAGCAACCUCCUCCGCGGAUGAGGGAGGAGAGUCGCGACAUUGGCGCGACCGAACAGAACACGGUCGCCUGGGAGCAGUGGCAGCAGGAAUAUCAAUACGACACCCGCCCUGAUCGCCCGGGAGAGAACUCGGGUGUGUUGACGGGCCACCACGGUGGGAACGACAGGACCAUGUCCGGCAGCGGGCCCGCGGAUCGGAACAACAACAACAACAACGAUGGAGAUCUGAGACCGUACCAGACCAUGGACGGUGGUGACUGGGAUAACCAGGACUAUCAGCGACAACAGAGGCAACAGUCGUACGCCAACGGCGGCGGCAUGCAGGACGGAGGAGGGGACCCGACGUCUGACAUGGCCAAAAACGCAUUCGCUACCGCCAACGACCCUGCAAACCCCAACUAUCAAGACGGCCAGAGGGGAGGAGGAGGACCGCGCUACUCGCAGGCCGAAGGGUACAAUCCCAAUCCCAAUAAUGCUAAUGAUAACGACCACGACGACGGCGACGAUCAGCAACAACAACAAUACGAUGGCUACGGUCGCAACAUGUCCACGGCCUCGUACGCCAACGGCAACCCAGACAUCCACGACGAUGGCGAUGACACGGGCGAACCCAAGAAGGGGUGGUUCAGCCAAAAGUUCCAGUCCUUCCAGUCCUCGCGGCGCCCGUCGGAAUACACUGACGAAGACCUGAUCAAGUACACGGGCAAGGAUAGGACACAGCUGAGGGAUUGGGCCCAGAACAGGCCGGGCGUCGGGCCCAAUCAGGAAGCUGGGAGGGUUGGGACCGACAACGGUCUUGCGGCGGGGGCAGCUUGGAAUUAG